UGUGCUUGUAUUCAGAUAAGGCCUUUGUAUCCUAGCAACCAACAAGGCUGCCAUUAUGAGGAGGAAUCUGCUUUCAGCUGCUGUGACAGGGUGAAAAUCCGAAUGCCUGAACUUAAUUCUUUCACUGGAAAACUUCUUCCUACUGGCCAUGACUGUGCCAUUUAUCAUAUUCCUGGCAGGACUAGUGCUUCAAGUCUGCACAGAAACACCACAGUCGUUGAUUCCAUUAAAUACGCUCUCUGAAUGUUGUGCAGAUCUCUCAGAUGAGUCUGGCCUCUGUCCACAACGCAGUUCUUGUCAUUCAGGGUGUUACAGACACUGGUUUAAGAAUGGAAGUACCACCUGCAUCAGGUGCACUAAUGAAACAUUAAUUGAUUCCUUGAAUAAUCGGACUGAAUGCAUCAUCUCAUAUUUCGGCAGUGAAGAGAAGGUAGCAAAUGGCACCACAGUGGGCCCAACCAUCCUUAAAAUUGGAGGGCCAGGAAUAGCUGCCUCAUUAUGCCUUGGAACACUAUUUAUCAGUUCAUUCUUCAUUCUUUCUGUUGCUGCAUUUUUCUACCUCAAGCGAUCCAACAAACUCCCACAUUUGUUUUACCAGCAAAACAAAGCUUCUAUACUGCAGCCAAAUGAAAUGGCAGAAAUUAUGAGGAGCCCCAUUAGAUCAGUGCGAAAGCAAAGAUAUUCAAGACGAGAAAGACUCUCUGCUUCUACAGCUUCCUUUGCAUCCACUGCCAUAAGCAAUGUUUGAUCUUGCACCGUCUACCAUGUAUGUUCAAGAAAUGGUAUUAUUUUGAUUUGUGCAUCGUAUAGAUUCCCUGCACUGAUGGACACUAUCAUUCUGCCAUACUGCAAAUGAUUGCAAGGACCACUUUCCAGAAUUCUUGGUUUAUUGAAACGCCACUGAAGAUGUAACUUGUAGCAUACCUAUCAUGUGGGCAUUUGGAAGUACAAACAUGAUCUGUCCCCGGUCUGGGAAUGUACUGUUGGGCUGUUCUCCAUCUUCUGAUUUUACUUCAGAAAUGAAGUGAUGCCCAAGUCAAAGGUUGAUAUGGAACCAGGAAAGCACGUAGACCCCUAUGGGGGAUACUGUCCAACUGUUUGCAGAUAGACUGAUAGAUCAAGAUAGACUGGCCUAAUUUCUAAUAUUCCCCUGAUUUCUUUGCAACACUUCAGUCUUCAAUUCCUAUCAAAUUUAGAGUCUGAAUAUCCUGGAUGCGGUCCAUCCAUAAAGGUGCUGGUGGUUUCUGGUCAAAAUUCUAUCAGCACUGGCAGCUCCAGUUUUCUUUCUUUAGCUGUUAAACUUGAGUUGUAACUAGUUAUGUUUCUGGCUGUGGAUUUAUGACUGCUGGUCACCCCUUCACGUAAUGUCCAUGUGCACUUUCUUAUUGUGCUAAAUGCAGAAUGUACCAUUUGAGCUUUCCUAACUCCACAGACAAAGACACUGUAGCAUGUAUCAUUUAGUUUCAUAUUGAGUUAUGCCCCUGAAGGUAACUGGUGAUGCAUUUUUUUUCUCUUUUUUUUUUGGUUUUUUUGAAGCUAAUAUUACCUCUGUCCUCAGCUCGGUCCUUUUUUUAAUUACCUCAGAUCAGAUAUUCAUGCUUUUGACUGGGUAACAUUAGUAUUUGCUUUAAUGGAUAACCUGUCAGAAAUACUUGAUGCGAGUCUAGCAGUUUGUUUUUUUUUUUGUCUUUUUUUUUUCAAAAUUCAAAAGCCUAGAACAAGCACGUUUUCUUCCAUUCUGCUACAUCAUUCUUGCGUUGUUACCGAGCUUUAGUGGGGCUAUUAAAAUUGUCAUGCUUCUAAUCUGGCCUUCGUUAAGCUUUCCUUAGUCCACGUGUCCACUUAUCCAAUCAUUAUUUAAUUCCUCCUAGCCCUUGGUAUUUUUACCCUCCAUUUCUCCUUUGUUUGUUGGCAGGACAAGGCAGUCAGGUCUUUGAAUUUGCAUCUAAAAGCUUCACAUUACCAGCCCACCCAAUCAUGCAUACUGUAAUAUUGCAAUUUAAAAUUCUCUAAGCUCACUAGAAAAACGUGACGGGUAAUACCAUGCUGUCAACGUCAACUUUCUUCAAACAUGAAAAUGGGUUGCAAGGAUCUAAGCAGAUGCUUUUACAAUGCUGAUGAAGUUUCUGCAUAUCCUCAGUUUGUGCAAGGUUCAAUCACCCUGGGUUACAAGAAUUUUCCUUUUGAAGGAGAUGGAUACUCUCUCUAACGUUUCAAUCCAUGGAAUCAUGUGACAUUAAACAGUGACAAGUUGACUCCUGUGUUUAAAAGCAAACUUAGAGCUGAUCAUACUCUUUCAGAAUUUUGAGUUCUAUGUCUUAAAUGUUUAGGUUUCAGGUUGAAGACUCUUUCCCCAAUUUAUGUCCAUGGGUAGGAUUGAUCCUCUGUAUGGCAAUCAAAACUCUGCUUACAGUAUUUUGAGCUGUAUUGUAGCAAAUAAAGGGAAAUGUAACUUUUUUUGCUUUUAGCUCUGUAAAGUAAAGAUGGCAUUUUCCCCCC